CCAAUCUAGGGUUUAAGCUUCAGCAGACGAGAUAGAAAUCAGAGGGCAGCCAUGUUUCCAGGACUCGUUAUGCGCAAGCCAGACAAGGCCACCGCCUUGAAGCAGCUAAGGGUUCACGCUGCCCUAUUUGGGGCCUGGGUCGCCGCGGUUCGCAUUACCCCUUACGUUCUUCACUAUUUCUUCGAUGAGAGUGAAGAGCUCAAGCUCGAAUUGUAGAUCCCUCUUCUUCCCCUCUCAUUCUUUGCAGUUGCUUUGCGAGGCGAAGAUGAGGCCUUGGAUGGUGAAGAGAGUUAGCAGAGUUUAUUGUCCCCCUUUCAGCCCUGCUCAAAUGCGAGGCCAGGGUGUUGUCAAAUUAGUUAGUCUCUUUCUGGCCUUUUGCUUUGAUAAUUUUUCAUGUGGAUGGAGGCUAUACAUUUUUUAAAAGGAUGCUUAAUAUUAUGCAUUGAUAUUGUAAUGUUCCCAUAAUAAUAGUAGGCCCCUUUU